UUCUGGCUUCGAAGCCGCUCGGCGUCGAUGGCUCUGAAGCUUCACGACACCUCGCGACAUUUGCAAGCAGAGUUUGCGGCCGUCCAAUCAGAUUGGAUGCACCGAGCAGGCUGCGCAGGAGCUCAGCCAAUCACAGACCAGAGAGGGUCCGCGCGCUUUUCCGCCUGCCGCCUCUCUGCCGCAGCGUCUCAUCUACUCUGCCCGGCGACCUGCCGCUCGGUGCCGCUGCGCGCCGCUCCGUGCCGCUCCGUGCCGCAGCAGCGGUUGCUAGCCGAGAGCCUGCCGCUGCUCUCCGGUUGGGAUGUGACAGAGGUGCGGCAGACUACCGACCCAGACCUCAUCCAGGACGAACCGGGAGAAGCGGGACCGUUCCGGGUUGAAUCGAUGGAGGACUCGGAGACGGAGCUGGCAGUGUCGGAGUCGGAUGCCCUGGGUGCGGACUUCAUCACGGUGGAGCUGGACACGCAGCCCAUCGAGUACGUAGUGAAGUGGGCCGAGGUCGGCUCAAAGUUCACCAUCUCCUGCGUGAAGAAGGACUCAGAUGACCCGUCGGACCUGACGGCUGACCAGCUGAAGAUCGAGACGGACGAAGCCUUCUUCGCUCCAUACGAAGAAGUGUACCCCUGCGAGGUGACGGAGCAGAGCGUGGAGAUAAAGACAGACUCUGAUGAGGAGGAGGAGGAGGACACCGAGGAGGAGCAGGAGGUUCUGGUGGAGGCAGGGAGCAGCCAGCUGGACGGUGAGGCCGACUCGGACCAGGCCGACUUCGAGCCGGAUGAGCGGCAGUACCGCUGCAGCUUCUGCGGGAAAUGCUACAGCCACGCCUCCAGCCUGUACCGCCACCAGCAGACGCACACUGGGAAGAGCACCGGGGCACCGCCACCCACCAAACGGGCGCUAGAGCCGACGCAUCAGGACGCACGCUACACCUGCCCCCACUGCGGGAUGAGCUUCAAAGGCAGCAGGAUGCUGGGGAGUCACCUGCGGCUGCACGGGAAGCGGCGUAUCCAUCCCUGCAACAUCUGCGGGAAGGAGUUCAACCACAGCUCAAGCCUGUCGCGCCACCGCCUCAUCCACAAGAAAGGAAAAGGAAUCCCCAAGGACGUCGCCCUCGGCCCCAACAUGGCCACCCUGCGCCACUCGCUGAAGGCCGGCGGCAAGAACAAGAAGACCAAGCGGCAGCAACAGCAGCAUGUGGCGGCUGCCAUCAUUCAGAGUCAGAGCGGCGACAAGUUCUAUGCCUGCCCACAGUGCGACAUGAGCUUCAGGACGUCCACGCAGCUGUCGAAACACCAGGUGACCCACGUCAAGGAGCUGCUGGACAACUACACGCCUGGCAAGGAGAACCUGGGCGAGACCUCGUCUGACCUCAAGAUCCGCCUCAAGCUCUGCUCCCGCGACAAGCCCAACUUCUACACCCUCUGUAAGAAGAACCGCCGCCGCCGUGGAGGCCGGGCCAGCAAACGGGGCUCCACCACCUCUGAGGAGGAGGAGGGGGGAGGAGGAGGAGGAGGAGGAGCUGGAGCUGGAGCUGGAGCUGGUCGCCACGGCUGCAGCCAGUGUGGGAAGCGAUUCAGCCAUGCCUCCAGCCUGGCGCGGCACCAGCAGACCCACAGGGCGGGGGAUGGCGGUGGGCGGGGGAAACUGCAGCAGCACCAGAAGCAGCUUCAUGCCAAGACCGGACACCCCGCCGCCAAAACCAAGACCUACACCUGCGCGGCCUGCAACAAGACCUUCAUGCACUCAUCCAGUUUCUCCCGCCAUAAGAAGGCACACCUGGAGGAGGAGCAGCGGGCUCGCGCCGCUGCUGCUAAGCGCCGGAAGAGAGCCGUCUUAGAUGAGACCGCCCCGCUGGAGUCUGACUCCGAGUGACGUUGCCCGGCUCUGGACUGGGUUAGGACCAGUUCUGGACCUGAGUUCUGAGUUGGUUCUGAAUCAGUAUUGACUGGUUCUGGACUGGUUUGGGACCAGUUCUGGAAAAGUUCUAAUUUGAAAAAAGUUCUGGACCAGUUCUCCACCAGUUCUGGACCAGUUGGGGACAGAUUCUUGGCCGCUCGUGGUUGUCCAGGUUUUGGGAACUGGAACUGGUUGAUUCUUCUCUGGUGUAGAUAGCAGCAGGAUAUCCAUAUAUGGUCGUAUGGCGGAGGGAUCUCCACAUAUGGUCGUGUCCAUAUAUGGUCAUAAUUGACCAUUAGUUAAUUGCGCUUCAGGAUGGGAUUAGAUUUAAAGUGUUACCCCCUGCCCCGUCCUGUCCCCUGCCACGCCCCCUACUCCACGUGUCUGUUAGGAUGCUGUUUGCUUUCAUUCUGCCCUCUCCACACUUCAUUCCCCAUCAGCCCCAGGACCUCUGUCAGCACGCAGAGCAAUAUGGGAAACUGAGUCUCUACAGAAAAGCUUUACACCGACAACACCUGUAGAUUCCGUUUAUAUUUGAUUUCUGUGAUAAAUAAUCAAAGUACUGAGACCAGAUGGUAGCAAGCCAUUUUGAUUUAAUGGAAGUUCAUUAAUGACAAAGUUACUAUUUUCUAUUUUUAUUUUCUGAGCUAAAUCAGGAUUUUGAGGAAAAAAUACUUUAGUCUCAGAGUUCUGUGUUUACAGUUUUUCUCAAAAUUUUGUGAUUCAUCCGAAUUCAGAGAUGUAUUUUCCGAGAUUAGUCUGGAUCCUGUAAAACACACCUCAUAAUUCUGACUUUAUUUGUAGUGGGGUUUUUUUCUCAGAAUUCAGAUUUGUCCCUGAAUCUGAAAAUGUUCUUGAGUUUAUUUCUUAGCUUGAAGAUAAUGAUCAAAUAUUCGUGUCAGCUCUACAGCAGAAAAUGUUUUUCCAACCAAACCAGGACUUUUUUUUUUCUCUCAAAUCUUUCUCUGCAUUUCUGAAUAAUAACAAGUCAGCUGAUUAAAGCUGGAGAGACUAUUGUCGUUGAUAAACCUCCCUCAGAGUUCAGAGCAGCGACUCCUUCACUCAUCUCCAUGUUUGUUUCCUUCUCCUGAUUUUUCCCCUCGGAUGUCACGGCCCAGUUCCUCCCUGAGUGAUUUUGAUUGGCUGAAGUUCUUAUUGGCACAACGUUCUGAUCAGUUAACUGUGUUAUAGCUUUGAUAUUUGACAUUUUUAAAAGAUUAAAAUGUGAAAUCCGAGCAGACAAGCCGACCGGUCGGAGCUGGCAUUCCUCCACAUUAAUGUAUGCAUGAAGACUAUUACCUGCAGCUAGUCGGCCAUAUUUGUAGUUUUUCAGCCAGGUGUGUUUGAUGACCGAUCUGCAGCGUCUGACGUUUGGGUUUCUUGUUUUAGCAGCAGAGUGGUGGUGUUGGCGGACGUUGAAGGGGAAACUGCACUACUUAUUUAUGAAUUUGGAACAAUGUUGUAAUAUAUAAAUAUAAAUGGUAUUUAAAUGUGAUUCACAAGUUUAAAAAAAAAAAACAAAAAAAAACAAGAGAGCAUCUAGGCAGCCACGCCUGGCCUAGCUGCCCUCGUUACCGUAGCAACAUCACCGCCACAUUUAUCGUUUAGCAUCGUCAUCAUGGGCAGCAGCAGACAGGAAAAGACUCCAACAACAGCAGACGUCCGGUUUUUCAAAGUUAAAGCCUCCAGAUCAUUUUAUUAACGACCAACCUGUAAAGUAAACCCCCCCAGAUUUUGUGACAAUUUUUGGGGAUAUGCAGCAAAUUUUGACUCAAAUGAACGUCCAUCUGAGACGACAUUUGGACAAAAAUGAACAAACAAAGCCAACUGGUUGACUUAAAAGAGAUAGUACAAAUAGAAAAGUAAACGUGAGAUGUCGCGCCAUUUUUUGUGAAAUUGUGACGCAAACGGAGGUCUGUCUGAGGUAACAUUUAGACGUCCAAAUCUCAUGACAUUGGGACAAAAAUGUCCAAAAACAGAACAAGAAUUAGAGUUGUGUUUUAUUGGUUCAUGGAAAAGACGAAAGUACAAGUAUAAAUGAGGAGUUUCCACAAAGUAAAUGUGAGUUUUUGCGACAACUUUGCAGUGAUUUACCGCAACUGUGGACUCAAACGUACGUCUGUCUGACACUUCAAAAAACUUUGAGGACUCUUGUGUCCCAGCACGGAACAUCUGUCUGUCCAGGCUCAUGCCAGCUUUGGUAAAUUGUUGGUUAUUUAGAGAUUGAUGUCUUGGACCAAACAUGAAGGAACAUCAAGUUAGUUUUUCUUCCCUGACAGAUGGACCAGCUCUCACCUGUGGACAUCAGCGGACCUUGCCCCCCCCCACCACCACCUUUCACUUUUUCAUUUCCUGCUUGUGGGGCUGUCUGAUGGCUGCGGACACUCUGAGUGAAGACUCUGUGAAUAACAUUUCCCUGUUUGAAUUGGAUUGGACUUAAUUUAAAGGGCACCUAUUUAUAUUUGUGUGUAGGCGGCAGGUCGUCUGAGUCGCGCUACAAACCUCUGGUAGAAAAUGAAAAGAAGCACUCUGUGCGCACCCCCCGAACCCCCACCCCAGCUCCCAAUGCUCCGGUCUCUGUCUCCUUCAUUCCGGGCCUUAAAGCUGCCGUUCUCCUCCUCCUGUCCACAGCAGCGUUUUGCAUUUAGAUCCAUGUUGUGUUGGCUUGUUUUUGUUUGGUUGGUGGUUUCUCAGCUUCACCUGCAGAUAGGUCGUUCGUCAUUGUAUCGUGUUUGAAUAGAAUAAACCCAGUUGACAUGUUUUGUCUUGCGUUUUGUAAUAAACCUUUAAAAGAAGUUUCCUCUGCGUGUCUUCACUCUGUGAAUUGGAUUCAGAUCCAGACUUCCACACUCUGGACUC